AUGGAAGCUUUUUUGGAGGUGGACCCCGCCAGCGACUUCUCGAUCGACAACCUGCCAUAUGGCGUCUACAGCAGCGCCACGCGCGGCACCACGCGCCGCACCGCAUGCGUCGCGCUGGGCGACCAGGUCAUCGACCUGGCGGCGCUGCAGCGGGCGGGCCUCUUCUCGGGGCCGUUGCUCAGCAAGAGCCCAGACUGCUUCCAGCAGGCCGAUCUGAACGCGUUCAUGGCUCUGGGCCAGCCGGCCUGGCGGGAGGCGCGCACCACGCUGCAGCGGCUGCUGAGCUCGGGAGAGGGCGCGCUUCGGGACAACGCCGCGCUGAGGCGCGACGCCAUCCUUCCCAUGGCGGAGGUCGAGCUGCACCUGCCCAUGUCGGUCGGCGACUACACCGACUUCUAUGCGAGCAAGCACCACGCCCACAACUGCGGCGUCAUGUUCCGCGACGCGGCGCAGGCGCUGCCGCGCAACUGGCUGCACCUCCCCAUUGGCUACCACGGGCGCGCCUCAUCCAUCGUAGUGUCUGGCACGCCUGUGCGGCGCCCCAGGGGCCAGGUGCUGUCCGGGGCGACAGACCAGCCGGUCAUGCAGCCCUGCGCCGCGGUGGACUUUGAGCUUGAGAUGGCCUGCGUCAUGGGCACCGGCAACGAGCUGGGGUCCAGCCUGGCCGUGGAUGACGCGGGGCGCUCCAUAUUCGGCCUGAUGCUCAUGAACGACUGGAGCGCCCGGGACAUACAAAAGUGGGAGAUGCUGCCCCUGGGUCCCUUCAACUCAAAAAACUGGGCCACCCAGCUGUCCCCCUGGAUCGUAACGUUGGACGCCCUGGAGCCCUUCCGCUGCGACGCCCCCCUCCAGGAGCCGGGGGUGCUGCCAUACCUCCAGGAAAAAGACAGGCACGGCUACGACAUCCGGCUGACCGCCAGCAUAGUGCCAGACGGCGGCGACGAGACACUGAUGGCAGCGCACCACACGUUUGGCGGCUGCAACCUGCGCCCCGGCGAUGUGCUCGGCAGCGGCACUGCGUCGGGUCCCGGGGAGGGCCAGCGCGCCUGCCUGCUGGAGAAGACCUGGGGCGGCAAGGAGCCGGUGCGGCUGGCGGGCGGCGGCGGGGAGAGGUCGUAUCUGCUGGAUGGGGAUGAGGUGGUCUUCAGGGGCUGGGCUGGCGGCGGCGACGGCCGGCGGCGCGUCGGGUUUGGCGAGUGCCGCGGGAAGCUGCUGCCGAGCCCGGCGAUCUGA